ACAAAGAAUCGGUUGCUGAAGCUGCGAAGAAAACAGUUCUUAAAAUGGAGCGUUUUGAUGGGGUUUUCCAAAUAUUUGGGGCUAUUCUUGUGUUUAUUAUUACAUUUACUGAGGUUUCGGGAAUCAUUUGCCCCAAUACUGGAGAAAGGUGUGGGUCGUGUUGUGAAGGCCACUGCUGUGUGGAGGACCAGGAGAGCGUGUCAUACACCUAUAGAAUCUCCUUCUGGAACCUGUGGUACUUUUGGUUUGUAAUUCUAUUUAUUCUGAUGUCCUGUUUUGGGGGAUGUGGCUAUUACAAGCAUAAACAACGCCUUCUUCUGAUGCCAAGAGACACUUAUGUAAACAGGGGGCGGACCAGCGCCAGGACCACCCCGGGGCUGGGCCUCAUUCCUAGUCACACUGCUGCAGCCUCACCCCAGACAGAGCCCAUCACACUGCAGCCGUCCAUCAGCAUUCUACCACCGCCUUAUUCUGAGGUGGCUAACCUGCCAAAAAACCAAUUCGAAGCUAAACCACCUCCUUACCCUGGGGACAAACAAGGUGACGUUAGUCCUCCUGAAUAUACUGAAAUCUCUUCAGGACAAAAUCAAAACAAGUCUUGAAUUGACAUUCCAAGAGACGUGUGUUUCAUGUGUGUGUAUAUCCUGUAAAAUCCUAGCAUCCCUUCAUAAAUGAGGAUUAUACCUGCCAGUCCUACAAACCAGGCAAAGGAGUUUACUAUACAUCCAUAUAAAACUAUAUAUAGACAGUUACUUAGUCUUCAGUUUGAUAGUAUGUGAAAUUUGUGAAGUUUUCUGUGUUUACAUCUUUCUCGUUUCUGUUGUCAACCUCACAGCUGUUGCUGAAUGCAGCUUUAUAAAUUCCCCACUUUCAUUUUAUGAGGAAUUUCAAUCAAAGUAGGCCAAAUUAAAUGAUCAUAGGGUGAAGUUCUUUUUAAGUUUGUUAUUAUUUAAAUGAGGAACAGAGACCCACUUUCAAGAGGAGAUGAUUAGAAAUAAUGAAUUUUAUACACUGUAUUUUAAAAAACUUAUACAUUUUUCCUUGUCCUUUUCAAUUUUAUAUAAAAUUGUAGCCAUAGUACUGUUUGAAAAUUAAAACAAAUAGUAAAAUAGUUUUAAGAUUUUUAAAGUUUAAAUUCCUGUAGAUUAUCUGUUUCCUCAUUGGUCAGAGAGAGGCCACUAUUCAGUAAUGUGGGGGUUAGUCAACCAUUUAGCUCAGCUGUACUUUGUUGCUCAUCAGGUUAGUGCUAAAUAUGGGGAGUGACCCUUAGACAUCUUGUUUUGAGUUCUACAUGUUUUUGUAAGUGAAGAAUCAUAGUUUUUAUUGAAAAAAUAUUAUAGAAUUUAAGAUAUACAAAUGUUUAUUUGUGAUAGUUUGGGAAAUUUUUUCUCUCUAUUUUUUUUUUCAUUUUUGAAAAUUUGCUGUUGUGUAUGUAUACUUAUAUGUUUUUGCUACUUAUGUUUUGAUUUUUAAUAUCUAGAAAUCUGUUUUGAUUCCUUGUUAUACAACUUGUGUGCAAGUGAUGAAUAAAGAGUGAUGGACUUGAUGAAGAGUACAUAAUGUAUAUAACAAUCAGGUUUUAAAUUAUUCCAACCAUUAAGAAAUUUGUGUUUAAAAAAAUGUCGUCUCUGUGAUAUAUUAUCCUUUUUUGCUACACCAAGUUCUGUUACAAUUUAGUUUGUCAUUCAUUCAUCAACUAAUUAUGGGGUAAUAGUGCAAAAUGAAUUGUAUAAUUUUCAAUUAUUUAUUUACAAUUGUGGAUAAAAAAAAAUUAUGGAUAGCAACUUUUAUCCUAUGGAUGAACUUUGGAUAUUAUAAAGCUCAUCUCUCCACAUAGAUUUCCUGUACAAUUGUACUACUGUGAAUAUCGUAAUUUGAAUGAAACUAUUUUUAUCAAUAUUGUUGAUCCAUUUUAUUUAAUUGGGGUGUAGUUUCAAGGGUAACCACUCUGGAAAAUAUGAUGGCAUCUUACAGUAAAAAAUUGCUACAGUGAAAAUGAUUAUGAGAAAUUCUUUUUUACAGUGAAGUUUUAGAUUUAUUUCCCAUUAAUCUCAAAUUGUAUACCGGUAUAUUAUAUAUAUGUGUAAUGAAUGUUUUCGAUGUUAUGAAUUAUACUUCCCUAUAAGCCUGUUUUACUAUACAUCUGAAUUUUAGUCUAAGGAUUUUGGCAUUUAGUUUUGUUGGAGUUGGUAAUGUGGUAUUAUUGUUAAGUUCAUGAAGCUUAUUGCAUACAUCAUACAUUCUAAAAUGAUAUUACAAGUGAUGUUAAAAGGAGAAAAAAUGGCAACAAGUCACUUGAUAUUAAAAGACCAUUUAACCAAAAUCCAUUGUACCAAUAUGAUAAAAGAUAUCUGUAUCACUUUUAAAGUCACCCAUAUCAUUCAAGUGUUUGUUGCUGUUUUGUCUCUUACCUUUUAUAUAUAUGCAUUGUGUAGUUUUUACAUUUUUUCCUUUUUUAACUACCAAGCCAAUAUUGUCAAGAUUUAGUGUGUAACAUCUGUAGUGGAAAGUGAAAAAAAAAUAUAAAUAUGUUCAUCCCAUCCAUAGGGUCAUCAACUCUUUGCUUUGUAUAACUUUCAAAGCGGCAGUUUUUUUCUCUUGAUAGGUUUCCACCAAGAAUGCUUCUUACAAAUCAAAUAAAUUAUUACAUUAUUAAUUAAACAUUUAUUGCAUAAACUGGGUGCAAUUUUUUUUUUUUUUUUUUUUUACCAUUUUUUAAAGGUUGUAAGUCAAUUGAUAGUUUCCCACUAAAAAUGCUAAAUUAUAUUUUUCCUGAAAAUAUGAUUGUAAAAGAUUGUAAACCAUUGAGAGAGGUUUUAUAACAUUAAAAAUCUCCUCUUGUAAAUUGAUCAGCACUCGGACAUUUUUUCUAUAUUGUGAAUAUAUGACUACAGAUGGAAAUUUGCCUUUUGUACGAUAUCGAUUUUAUAAUUAUUUUAUAGCGUGAAUUUUAAUUUUAUACUGCAUUUUAUGAUUAAGCCAAUGGACAUUUGCACAAACUUAUUCGCCAUUGUUCUUGUGUACCAAUUCGUCAUGUCAACUUUGUAAUCCUUGUUUGCAUAAACCGGUAAAUGUACACUAGAGAUCUUUUUAAUAUAUUAUAAAGCCGAAAUUGCAGUUUUGAGGCCUCUGACAUGACCGUGUUGUUAUACUUGUGUGUGCUCUGCAGAUUUGUUGUUUUUAUGUAUAUUAAAGUCCUUAUACCAAA